CUAUAUGACAGCGACAUCCGGCCGGCCAUUGAAAACGAAAACAACACGUCUACACCCACCGCAACCCCACUUGUAUAAUCCAUCUUCCAGUUGUCUAAAUCCUAACUACGCCAUGGCCACCAAAGCAAGCUCCUCACUGUCGCCUCGCCAUGCAUCAGGCUCAUGGAGGAAUCCCUGCUCCUCCCGACGCAAGACGUCGGUCUCUUUGCCAAGACCUUCCUGCUCAUCUUCGCCCACACCUUCAUCUUCAUCGCCGUCGCCGUCCACUUUGCCCACCCACUCGCCACCAGCAUCCUCGCCGACAUCAAAGCUCACAGGAUCGUCGUCACCACUGACACCGCGAGCUCCAACUCCAACCACUCCAAGGCGCUCUCCUUACUAGCCAUCUACCUCUCCUACCUCGCGAGUAAACUCGCCACCCAGCUUGUCACCUCUCUGGCCACCGCCACGACCUACUCCGGCGAGCGCCUCACGCGCAAGGCGAUCAACAAGGAGAGGAUCGGAGGACUUCUUGGGACGGCCGUCCUCGCCGGCGUGCUGGAGCUGUUACUCACGGCUCUACUCGUCGUUCUCCUCGUAUCCACAUGGACCUGGACCUACGCUGACUCAGGCAUGAAGAAGUCUCUGUGUGGCUACUUGAUGUUCUCAGUGGCUCUUCUACUCUACAUCUACCUCGCCACGGCGAUCACGGUGAGCGUCGGCGUGUCGGCGGUGGACAGAGGCUGCCACAGCGUCUGGGCGCUCCGUCGGGCGUGGCGGCUCAUGGCAGCAAGGAGGAAGGAGGCUGCCGUGCUUGUGUUCGUCGUCAACCUCCUGCCCGCGUUCAUCUACCCAGCCCCCGUGUACGCGUUUUCGUCCGUGUACCGGGCGGAUGAGUAUUCCCUCUUCUACGGGCAGGACCUGGCGGGCAGGUUUUCUCUCCACCGCUCAGCGACAUGGAGCCUGGGCGUGUGGUUGAUGGGUGUAGUUUCUGGAUCUGGUCUUCCGUCAAUUGGUGCGCAGUUGUUCUCCAUGGUGGCAGCCACGGUGUUCUGCUGCCUCUCCACGGAAACCAACGAUGGAACGCGCUCGCCUGGGCCUGUAGUUUGAGUAGUAUGGACUAUGGAGGAGGUGAAAAGUUUUUGUGUUCGGCCAUUGUAGCAUUUUUUUUGUAUUUGAUAAUUAUUGUCCAACCAUAGACUAACUAGGCUUAAAAUUAAGAUUUGUCUCGAAAAUUAUAGGCAAAAUGUGCAAUUAGUUUUUUUAUCUAUAUUUAAUGCUUCAUGUAUGCGUCCAAAGAUUCAAUA